AUGGCCGUCCAAGAUGAGGAUAAGACAGCAUUCCGCACGCCAACAGGGCUGUAUUGCUACACCAAGAUGCCUUUCGGCUUGAAGAAUGCGGGCGCAACUUACCGAAGAUUGAUGAAUGAAACAUUCAGUGACGCCAUUGGAAAGUACAUAGAAGUCUACAUGGAUGACCUGGUGGUUAUGAGCAAAGAAGAAGGCACGAUGCUGGUCAACAUCCAAAAGACCUUCAACACGCUACACAACGUAAGUAUCAAGCUGAACCCAGCAAAGUGCUCAUUCGGAAUGGAAGAAGGAAAGUUCUUGGGCUUCAUCGUCACAAAAGAUGUCUUCAAGGUGAAUCCGGAAAAAGUCCAAGAUAUAGAAAGGAUGCCCUCACCAUCAAACAUCAAAGACAUGCAAAAGUUAGCAGGACGACUAGCCGCGCUCAACCGUUUCCUAGCUAAUCAUGCUGCAAAAUCUUUUCCGUUCAUCAAAACCUUGCGCAAUUAUAUGAAGAAAAGCCAGUUCCAAUGGACUCCAGAAGCAGAGAACGCGUUCCGCGAGAUGAAAGAUUGCCUCAUCAAACUGCCAACCCUAACCGCACCAAACAAGGGAGAACCUUUGGUACUUUACCUUUCAGCUUCCGAUAGGGCAGUCGGAGCUGUGCUGCUUGUCGAUCGUCAAGGUGUCCAAACACCAGUUUACUACGUGUCGCGGACCUUGACCGAUCCAGAAACCCGAUAUGCAAUCAUGGAGAAGUUAGUCCUCGCACUAAUUCAUGCUUCAAGGCGGCUGCGCAGAUACUUUGCCAAUCACGUCAUCCACGUGCUAACAAACUACAACAUCGGCAAUAUGCUUGCAAGGCCAGAAGUAUCAGGAAGGCUAGCCAAAAUAGAACUAGGAGGUCACAACGUGGUUUUCAGGCCACGACCAUCAAUCAAAGGCCAAGUCUUGGCAGAUUUUGUGACAGAAGUCCCAGAUGACAAAGAAAGAGAGUGCAAAGCCAUGGAAAAGGCUGAGAAAGAGCAAACAGAAAAGCCAUGGUUGUUAUAUACCGAUAGGGCAUCCAACGAAGACGGAGCAGGCGCAGGGCUAAGGCUGGUGAGCCCCGAUAAACACGAGUUCAUGUACGCCAUAUGCCUAGAUUUUAAAAGCACAAACAACGAAGCAGAGUACGAAGCUUUCCUAGCUGGCUUACGAUUGGCAAUCAAAAUGGGGGCCCGACACAUCGAAGCGCAUGUUGACUCCAUGCUUGUAGCAGGGCAAAUAAACGGCCAAUACGAAGCCAAGGGGGAUGUCAUGGCACUCUACCUUAGCCAAGCAAAAACCUUGCUACAAACCUUCUACUCUUCCAAAGUGCACCACAUAAACAGAAGCGAGAACAAGCCGGCAGACGCGUUGAGUAAGAUCGCAUCAACACGUUUCCAACACCUAGCAAAAGAUGUGCACAUAGAGGUUUUGAGCAACCCAUUCGUUCCACUCAGGGAAGUAAGUGUCAUCCAGACAGGAACAACGUCCUGGAUGACACCAAUAAUCAUGUACUUGCAGUCAGGGAUACUUCCCGAAAACAAAGCCGAGGCGCGAAAGAUCCAAUACAAAUCAGAACACUAUCAGAUGGCAGAUGGGAUACUGUAUCGAAAGUCAUAUCUCGGCCCGCUGCUGAGAUGUGUUGACGCCGACGAUGCAAAUUACCUAAUCCGGGAAGUGGAUGAAGGAAUUUGUGGUAUUCAUGCCGAGCCUCGAAUGGUGGUGGCAAAAGUGAUGAAUGCCGGAUACUACUGGCCCGGGAUGCAUCUCGAUGCCGUGAAAGAAUUGAGGAAGUGUAGUGGCUGCCAGAGACAUGCGCCAAAGACCAUGCACCCUAAAAAUGAACUAGUACCAGUCACCACCGCAUGGCCUUUUCAACAACGGGGCAUAGACAUGGUGGGUCCUUUCCCGGAAGCAACAGGGGUGGUUAAGUUCAUAAUAGUCGCAGUCGACUAUUUCACCAAAUGGGUAGAGGCGAAAGCACUCGCAUCAACCACCUCGGCAGUCGUCAAGAGAUUCAUAUGGGAACAAAUCAUAUGCCGCUUUGGCCUACCCCUCCGGAUCAUCACCGAUAACGGAACUAACUUCGCAGCAGACGACCUCGAACGAUGGUUCAAAGAAUUACACAUCGAACAUACCUUCUCUUCGGUUGCGCGCCCGCAAGGGAACGGUCAAGUAAAGGCAGUCAACAAAAGUAUCGUUGAUGGUAUCAAAGCAAGGUUAGGCGAAAAGAGAAAAGGAUGGGUAGACGAACUGCCCAGCAUAUUGUGGGGUCAUAGGACAAUGCCGAAGACAAGCAACGGCGAGACACCGUUCAACCUAGUCUAUGGGUCCGAGGCAGUCAUCCCAGCAAAAAAUCGAGCUACCAUCUCCACGAAUGCUCUCAAUGAACUUAAUUAA